ACAGGUCCCACAAUGCAACAGUGUUUGUCGAUAUUGAAGUGGGAAAGUACGGCGCUGUCUGAACAUGCUUUACUUUCAUUUUCGCUUUUUAUGCUGCGUAACCGUGAGCAUUGUUUCGUGUCGUGCCCAGCUUUGAAUUACACAAAAAGACUUUAUUAUACAUUCUUAGAGCAUUGCUGAGGCGCGAGCGCUUUUCCACAUAACUUUUACCCCCCGUGACGACAUGGCUUCUCUGGAUAUUCACACGGAGUCAAAGAAACAGGUGGAUGACUUCUGCCAGAAGUUCACCAAAGAGGCAGAAGAGUUGAUUUCCAAAUUUUUCCCUCAGAAGAUUGAAGAGCUGCACAUGCUACUGAAGACAUCUUUUAGUUGUGAUGACCUGGCAUCUUUGAAGUCUCCACUGGACAUCCCCAUCCCUGACCCAGCUAAAGAGGAGGCUAAACGCAAGAAGAAGGAAGAGAAGCAGGCAAAGGAGGGGAAGAAAAACAAGGACAGCGAAAAAGAGGAGGAAGAUGCAGGGCCUCCCUGUGGUCCCAUCUGCAUCAACGAGCGAGUGGAGAGUCUCCUGCAGCAAGUCAAGCCUGAGAUUCAGACAGUGAAGGAGAAGCUCAAUGCGGUGUCAAUGUGGGUACAACUCCAAAUUCCUAAAAUUGAAGAUGGUAACAACUUUGGAGUGGCUGUACAGGAGAAAGUGUUUGAGCUUCUGACCAACACACGCACCAAGAUUGAGGGAUUCCAGACUCAGAUUUCAAAAUACUACAGUGAGAGAGGCGAUGCUGUGGCCAAAGCUUCUAAACAGCCCCAUGUGGGGGACUACAGACAGCUGGUUCAUGAACUGGACCUCUAUCAGUACUGUGAGCUCCGCCUUGUGGUCCUGGACAUCCGCAACACAUAUGCUGUGCUGUUUGACAUCAUUAACAAGAACUAUGACAAGAUUAAGAAACCAAGAGGAGAUGGGAAAGCUCUCAUCUACUGAGACUGACAGCAGCACACCCAGGCUUUCUAACAAGAUACAACUAGUGUAGUAUGACACUUAUUAAGUAACAAAACACCCACAAGAGUUGCUUCUUUUUCUUACUGUGCAUGCAUUUUGGUUCAGAUUACAAAAUAAAGCAACACGAUUCCAAGUA